AUGGAGUCCAAUCUGCAGGGGACAUUCCUGUUGAACAACACGCCGCUGGCCCAGUUCUCAGAGAUGAAGGCCCCUGUGUGCCAGUACUCGGUGCAGAACUCCUUCUACAAGCUCAGCCCCCCAGGACUGGGCCCCCAGCUGGCUGCGGGGACCCCUCACGGGAUCACAGACAUCCUGAGCAGGCCUGUAGCCACGCCGAACAGUGGUCUUCUCUCCAGCUACCCCCAUGUGGCCAGCUUUGGGGGGCUCAGCUCUCAGGGGGUCUACUAUGGCCCCCAGGUGGGGAAUUUUUCCAAGGCUGGGAAUGAGUACCCCACCCGGAGCCGGAACUGCUGGGCGGACACAGGCCAGGACUGGCGAGGAGGGCGGCCAUGCAGCAACACCCCGGACCCCCUGAGUGACAGCAUCCACAAGAAAAAGCACACUAGACCCACCUUCACAGGGCACCAGAUCUUUGCCUUGGAGAAAACCUUUGAGCAGACCAAGUACUUGGCAGGCCCUGAAAGGGCCAGGCUGGCAUACUCACUGGGCAUGACUGAGUCGCAGGUGAAGGUGUGGUUCCAGAACCGCAGGACCAAGUGGAGGAAGAAGAGCGCGCUGGAGCCUUCCUCCUCCACGCCGCGGGCCCCGGGAGGCGCGGGAGCCGGCGCGGAUCGCGCGGCUUCCGAGAACGAGGACGACGAGUACAACAAGCCUCUGGACCCCGACUCCGACGACGAGAAGAUCCGCCUGCUGCUCCGCAAGCACCGCGCCGCCUUCUCGGUGCUCAGCCUGGGCGCUCACAGCGUCUGA